CUUCUCUGAGGAGCGUCUACCGGCUCUCCGCGCCGCUGCCGCCGCUGCCCUCGGCCUUGCCGGGCGGGAUGAAUGUGAUAGACCACGUGCGAGACAUGGCGGCCGCGGGGCUGCACUCCAACGUGCGGCUCCUCAGCAGCUUGUUACUUACCAUGAGUAAUAAUAACCCUGAGUUAUUCUCUCCAUCUCAGAAGUACCAGCUUUUGGUAUAUCAUGCAGAUUCUCUCUUUCAUGAUAAGGAGUAUCGGAAUGCUGUGAGUAAGUAUACCAUGGCUUUACAGCAGAAGAAAGCCCUAAGUAAAACUUCAAAAGUGAGACCUUCAACUGGAAAUUCUGUAUCCACUCCACAAAGUCAGUGUCUUCCAUCUGAAAUAGAAGUGAAAUACAGAAUGGCUGAAUGUUAUACAAUGCUAAAACAAGAUAAAGAUGCCAUUGCUAUACUUGAUGGGAUCCCUUCAAGACAAAGAACUCCCAAAAUAAAUAUGAUGCUGGCAAACCUGUACAAGAAGGCUGGUCAGGAGCGCCCUUCAGUCACCAGCUAUAAGGAAGUGCUGAGGCAGUGCCCGUUAGCCCUCGAUGCCAUUCUAGGUUUGCUCUCCCUUUCUGUAAAAGGUGCAGAGGUGGCAUCGAUGACAAUGAACGUGAUCCAGACUGUGCCUAACUUGGAUUGGCUCUCUGUGUGGAUCAAAGCGUAUGCUUUUGUGCACACUGGUGACAACUCAAGAGCAAUCAAUACCAUCUGUUCACUGGAGAAAAAGUCCUUAUUGCGAGAUAACGUGGACCUACUGGGAAGCUUAGCAGAUCUGUACUUCAGAGCUGGAGACAAUAAAAACUCUGUCCUCAAGUUUGAACAGGCACAGAUGUUGGAUCCUUAUCUGAUAAAAGGAAUGGAUGUAUAUGGCUACCUCCUGGCACGAGAAGGACGGCUGGAGGAUGUGGAGAACCUUGGUUGCCGCCUUUUCAAUAUUUCUGAUCAGCAUGCAGAACCCUGGGUGGUCUCUGGGUGUCAUAGCUUCUAUAGCAAACGCUACUCUCGGGCCCUCUAUUUAGGAGCCAAGGCCAUUCAGCUGAACAGUAAUAGUGUUCAAGCUUUGCUACUUAAGGGAGCAGCACUUAGAAACAUGGGCAGAGUCCAAGAAGCAAUAAUCCACUUUCGGGAGGCUAUACGACUUGCGCCUUGUCGCUUAGAUUGUUAUGAAGGUCUCAUCGAAUGUUACUUAACCUCCAACAGUAUUCGUGAAGCAAUGGUUAUGGCUAACAACGUUUACAAAACUCUAGGAGCAAAUGCACAGACCCUUACCCUUUUAGCCACCGUUUGUCUUGAAGACCCAGUGACACAGGAGAAAGCCAAAACUUUAUUAGAUAAAGCCCUGACCCAAAGGCCGGAUUAUAUUAAGGCUGUGGUGAAAAAAGCAGAACUACUUAGCAGAGAACAGAAAUAUGAAGAUGGAAUUGCUUUACUAAGGAAUGCACUAGCUAAUCAGAGUGACUGUGUCCUGCAUCGGAUCCUAGGAGAUUUCCUUGUAGCUGUCAAUGAGUAUCAGGAAGCAAUGGACCAGUAUAGUAUAGCACUAAGUUUGGACCCCAAUGACCAGAAGUCUCUAGAGGGGAUGCAGAAGAUGGAGAAGGAGGAGAGUCCCACGGAUGCCACUCAGGAGGAGGAUGUGGACGACAUGGAAGGGAGUGGGGAAGAAGGGGACCUGGAGGGCAGCGACAGUGAGGCGGCCCAGUGGGCUGACCAGGAGCAGUGGUUCGGCAUGCAGUGAGGCAGGUGGCAGCUCCGUGGCCACACUGGCCUGCCCUGCUCUGAGCACUUCCGUGGACUGAAGGAACCCGUAGGAGCCUGCUCUCUGGGAGGACAAUGAUUCAGCAUGUGAUUGCAGCAGGGGUCUCUGCCCCGUUGCUCUGUAUUUCUAGUAGUGACUUCAUUUCUAAAACCGGCCUGACCAACCUUCCAUAUAUCUCCAUCCUCCCUUGCUCCAGCCAGGGAGGACUGAGUGAGCACUCUGGGAGGCCCACAGAUGUGCCAGGGCUUCUGGGACAGAGUGCUUUUUAUAUAACUAAUUUCUAAAUCUGAAAACUUGAGGAAUAGACAGUGUUUUGUCUGUGACGUUAUGGAUGGAUUUAAAGGAGUGACCUGUCACCCACAGCCAGAGUGACAUCUCCCAAGUCAGACGGCAGCAUGGGCUGGCCCUUUCAGAGAGGGUUUCCUUUCCCAGAAAUCAUCGUCCUGGGCUGUCCAAACUUCCCUAGUAACCUUACUUCCUUCUGCAAUGUUAGUAAUGCCUUAAGCUGACGGUUGCUAUUUUGCAGAACAAUUUUCCUACUUGCUAAUCUGGUAACUUGUCUGUGAGCCUGGGCUGGGCCUCAGAAACGGGUGUGACUUAGAGCAUGAACAGAGGUGCACUUGGGGUGAUUAACUAAUAAAACUGUUUUUUGUACA